GGAUCUGUGCAAAAAAUGUAUAUCAAAAAUGUGAUUUUGUUAUGUUUAGUUAUUAAUAUAAUUUAAUAUUAAUUUGAAGUUAUUGAAUUUUUUGGUCCUUACAGAUCUUAUAAUACGUAGCGCUGUUAACUAUGACUCUCACUUCUUAAUAGAGUUGAAUAUCUUGUAAUUUGUUUUCUAUACAUGAUUGAAUAUUCUGGCCAAUGAGAAUAAAGUGUGGAAAUUCGUUAUUUUGAAAUAGAAUUGAAGAUAUAACGUUUAUAAGAGAAUUUGUAUUUCUUGCUUUAAACGUUAUAUUUAAGCAAUGCUGAAGGAUAAAAAAUCUAAGUCUCAAACACAAAAGGCAAUUUCUCAAGUUGAAAAUAAUCUUAAACAGUUAAAGGUAUCAAAAAUAAGUUCUGUAUUGACUGAGAAUACAUCAAGAAAUACAGAAAAUUUAAAUAGUACAAACAGUCAAUGCAAUACUUAUUUGGCAAAUAUCAAACAAACUAAAGAAAAGGGCUCUAAAAAGUCAACAGAAUUGAUGCCGCCACCUAAAUUACCUAUAUCUUCUAACACGAUAGCAUAUAUAUCAAAUAUAACUGAUGAUGACAAGGAAAAUAAAACUGAAAAAAAUAGAGAUAUUGAGAAGAAUGUAGAACAAAGCAAUACAAAUAAAAAGAAUCAAAGUGAAAAGAAGUGGGUUUUAACUGAUUUUGAUAUUGGACGACCAUUGGGAAAAGGAAAAUUUGGAAAUGUUUAUCUAGCUAGAGAGAAGAAAUCAAAAUUCAUCAUUGCUAUGAAAGUAUUAUUUAAAGCACAAAUACAGAAAGCUGAUGUGGAACAUCAAGUUAGGAGGGAAAUAGAAAUUCAAACACAUUUAAGGCAUCCAAAUAUCUUAAAAAUGUAUGGAUAUUUUCAUGAUGAUAAAAGGGUAUAUUUAAUUUUGGAGUAUGCCCCAAAUGGAGAAUUAUUUAAAGAAUUGAAUGCACAACCAGAGAAACGUUUUGAUGAAAUUAGAACAGCAACAUACGUAUCUCAAUUAGCAGAUGCUUUAAAAUAUUGUCAUAGUAAAAAGGUGAUACAUCGUGAUAUCAAGCCUGAAAAUUUAUUACUUGGUAUAAAGGGUGAAUUAAAAAUGGCAGAUUUUGGAUGGUCUGUCCAUGCACCCUCAUCUAGGAGAAAUACUUUAUGUGGUACUUUAGAUUAUUUACCACCAGAAAUGGUUGUUGGAAAAACACAUGAUCAUACUGUAGACUUAUGGGGACUUGGUGUGCUUUGUUAUGAAUGUUUAAUUGGUAAACCUCCUUUUUUAGCUGAAACUUAUGAUGAAACAUAUAUAAAAAUCAAGAAAGCUCAAUAUAAAUUUCCCAACUUUAUUAGUGAAGGUGCAAAAAAUUUAAUAUCUAAGCUAUUAGUAGUUGACGCAAAUCAUAGAUUACCUUUAGAAGAUGUUUUAAGACAUCCUUGGAUUGUGCAAAAUCGAACAACAGAACCACAUGUACCACAAUGAAGUUGUUAAAUGAAAUAAGGAUGAAGUGUUCAUCCGCCGUGUUCCUCUGAAGUGAAACAGUGUAAAUUCGGCUUUAAUUUUUGGAGUUUAACUUAUUAUAUCAAUAUCAGACUGAAAAA